CGGAGAUGAUAUUGUAAAUCGCUCCGUGCUGUACAGUAAUAAUCCCAUUUACCGCGUCUGCGGGUUGAGACUGAAAUCUCUCCUCACAGGGCAGGAAUUUGAUGUCAAAGCCAAGUGUGUUAUCAAUGCUACGGGACCUUUCACAGACUCUGUGCGCAAAAUGGAUGAUCAGCAAGUACCAAACAUCUGUCAGCCAAGUGCAGGCGUGCACAUUGUGAUGCCUGGUUAUUACAGCCCUGACAACAUGGGGCUGCUUGACCCGGCCACCAGCGAUGGCAGAGUGAUUUUCUUCCUGCCGUGGGAGAAGAUGACUAUUGCAGGGACCACAGACACCCCGACUGAUGUGACUUCCCAUCCGAUACCAACAGAAGAGGAUAUCAACUUCAUUUUGAAUGAAGUGCGCAACUACCUUAGUGCAGAUGUUGAAGUGAGAAGAGGAGACGUGUUGGCAGCGUGGAGCGGCAUUCGUCCUCUGGUCACAGACCCCAACUCCAAAGACACGCAGUCGAUAUCCCGGAAUCACGUUGUUACCAUUAGCGAUAGUGGCCUUGUCACCAUAGCAGGUGGGAAGUGGACAACCUACCGUGCCAUGGCGCAGGACACCAUUGAUGCAGCUGUUCAGGCGCACGAUCUGAAGGUGGGUUCCAGUAAGACCAUUGGACUGCAGCUGGAAGGCGCUGAGGACUGGAGUCCCACUCUCUACAUUCGGUUGGUCCAAGACUAUGGACUUGAAAGUGAGGUGGCUCAGCAUCUAGCUUCGACAUACGGUGACAAGGCUUUUGAGGUGGCCAAGAUAGCCCAAGUCACAGGAAAGAGAUGGCCUAUUGUUGGAAAACGUCUUGUGUCUGAAUUUCCUUAUAUUGAAGCUGAGGUUGUCUAUGGUGUUAAAGAGUAUGCCCGCACGGCAGUGGAUAUGAUUUCCCGACGCACUCGCUUGGCCUUCCUGAAUGUGCAGGCUGCAGAGGAAGCCCUGCCAAGAAUCGUAGAUAUAAUGGGGAAAGAACUUAACUGGAGUGAGCAGAAAAAAAAGGAAGAAUUUGAAGCUGCUAAAAAAUUUCUCUAUUAUGAAAUGGGCUACAAAGUAAAAUCAGAUCAAUUAACAGACAGCUCUGAAAUCAGUCUAGCGCCUUCAGAUAUUGAAAGGUACAAGAAGCGAUUCCACAUGUUUGACAAGGACAAGAAAGGGUUUAUUACUAUACUGGAUGUGCAGCGUGUCUUGGAGAGCAUCAGUGUGCAAAUUGCUGAAAAUACACUUCACGAUAUUCUGAAUGAAGUGGAUCUGAACAAAAACGGGCAGGUUGAGCUCAAUGAGUUUUUGCAGCUGAUGAGUGCCAUCCAGAAGGGCCACAUCUCCGGGAGCCGGCUGGCCGUGCUCAUGAAGACUGCCGAGGAGAAUCUGCGUGAGAGGGUGGUGAUCCCGGUGGACCGGAGCGGCGGAGGACUGUGA